AUGCUGAAGAUACUACUGCUGUCCUUGGGACUCCUGCUGGGGAUCCCGGCCCUCCAGGCCUCCAGCCCUGGCCACGGCCACAGCCCCCUGGAUGAGGGGGGACCUGUUCUGGACGAAGCAGGCAGGCCCGGCUACCCAAGCCUUCUGCAGACAGCCAGAGAGACGCCCGCAGAUCUUGAACAGCUUGUCCUGGAGAUGCCAAUAGUUCGAGACAUCCUUCUGCUGGAUCCCAGCUCGGCUGAGCCACAGAUGUCACCGGCAGCCCUGCAGGCCCAGGGGCGGGAGGAGCGCUCUCCACGCUCUCCACGCAGAUGUGUCCGCUUGCAGGAAUCAUGCCUGGGGCACAAGCUCCCUUGCUGUGAUCCAUGUGCUGCCUGCUACUGUCGCUUCUUCAAUGCCAACUGCUUUUGCAAGAAGUUUACCAACACUUUCUCCUGUGGCAGGAACUAGCCAACACAUCCCCUGCAGGACAGCUUCUCUCCACUCUCUGCUUGAGUGGCAGGAGGUCCGCAUGCUCUGCU